AUGUAUGAUGACAAGUGUCAUCGGAGACCACUUGUCAUCCAUACAACUGCCGGCGAAAAGAAAGAAAAUGAGACUCGGAGGGCGCCCAGAGAGGAAAGUCGCGACGGUGUUUCGGAUGAGCUCGCGUUGAUUGCCGGCGAGGGCUCACGGUGGCGCCACCGUUAUGCAAUUUCACAAGAUCUAAAAGAAAAGUUCAGACACUUUAGGUUCCCAACAACACAAAUCAAGCAUAGAAAUGAGAAAUGGAGGGUGGAUUCGGACUCAGAGAGAGAAACUCAACCUUCUAGAAGGAAAAGAAGAUGUGAACGGAGGAGAGGAUGUAUUUUCCGGCGAAGGCUGGAUUUCCGGCGAAGGAGAAAUUCCGGUCAGGGAGCUCGAUUUUCCGGCGAGAUGCAAUGCUAA